UUACAGUGCAAAACAUCCUACACACUGCACCUAAACAUUUCGGAAGUUGGAAGAAAACUAUAAAGAAAUGUAUCCUACUCGUGGAUGAGACCAACGAGUACACGUCCAUUGCUUUCCCAGCUGUUCCUCCUGAUAUGCUGCGGGGUUCUCUUGAAGAAGUAUACGAGGAGGCGGCGAGGGAAAUGGUGGACGCGGCCAGAACCAUGCACACAACUACUGUGGAAAUGAUCCGAGUCUUCUGUCCCGACCAGUCCAAGUUAGCCACGUACAAAGACGCAGUGCUCAAGGCUAUACCAGACCUCUCCACCAUGACAGGAGGACUGAAGUCUCGUAUAAAGGCAUUUAAAAGGAGAACAUCAAAAACAGAGACAACGGACGAUGGUGUGCUUGAAACAUUUGGCCUUAGUGUAAAGGCAAAGUUGCCGAUGCCUGCAGCAGAACGCCCCAGUAGGAACGAGUCUGUAGCGUCAGUGACAGUGUAUUGUCAGGGAAAUAAGUGUGACGCAAUCUUUAAAAAGCUGGCAGACAGAUGUGAUGAAGACUUCACCAGGAAGGUUGUGGACCAGCGGAUACAGGAGCUGACGUCUUCAAAGAUUGAAGAAUCUUGAGGCGUUUGCAAAGAAAGAGAGCGUACAUGUCAACACAUUAAAAGAUAGGGGUGAGGUACAUCUGAAGGGGCCAUUCCACAGCUUCACCAAAGUGUGCCAUCAUUUGGAUGAAAUUCUACAAACAGUUGCUGAUCUGGGUUUUGUGGCUUAUCCCACUUGCUGGGAAAGCUUCGAGUCUGACCAGAGGGUUUUCAACGUUGCUGAAGGAAGCAUAGAAUACCUGAGUGUGAAGAACAGUUUCAUGACGGCAUUGGGUGAGAAGGGACAUCGUGCUACCAUCUUUAAGAUUGAGAGGAUUCAGAUUCGACACCUGUACGAGCAGUACCAGAUCGAGAUGCGGACAGUCCAGAUGGAGCAUCCCUCCAAAGACAAGAACGCAU